ACCAGCGAAGGAGAACAUUAUUUCAUCAACUGUCAAGAUGGCUGCUGUGUACAUGUCAGCGAACCGGUCCGAAAAUGCUUUUAGUACAGUUGAUUUGGUGCCAGAGUGGGCACAAGAAGAAGUUAGCACUGGGACUACCAUUAUGGCAGUGGAGUUUGAAGGAGGGGUUGUGAUUGGCGCGGACUCCAGAACAACAACAGGUGCUUACAUUGCCAACCGAGUUACUGACAAGUUGACUCCCAUUCACGACCGCAUCUUCUGCUGCCGCUCUGGUUCUGCAGCUGACACACAGGCUGUUGCUGAUAUAGUCACCUAUCAGCUGGGCUUUCACAGUAUUGAGCUGGAUGAGCCUCCACUUGUGCAAACGGCAGCCAAUCUCUUCAAACAGACAUGCUACAGAUACAGAGAGGAGCUGAUGGCUGGCAUCAUUGUGGCUGGCUGGGACAAAAGAAGGGGUGGACAGGAACACUGCCUGACAGGGGAGCUGCUGUGUGCAAUGAAUGAAGAGCUGAUGGAUUCCUUUUUGAAAGAACUGCCCACAGGCAUAAAAGUGUACACAGUCCCAAUGGGAGGUAUGAUAGUGAGGCAGCCAGUGUCAGUAGGUGGUUCUGGCAGCUCCUACAUAUAUGGCUUCAUGGAUUCUAACUACAAGCCUGGGAUGACCAAGGAGGAGUGUCUUCACUUCUGUACCCAGGCCUUGGCACUGGCCAUGGAGCGGGACGGUUCUAGUGGAGGAGUGGCUCGUCUGGCAGCCAUCACAGAGGAGGGCCUGGAGAGACGGGUUGUUCUGGGAAACCAGCUGCCCAAAUUCUCCAACGCCUAGACAAGGAGCAGAGGGGAAAUUCCUUUGCUGUGCAGACAAGUCCAUCCACUUAAGCGCUAUACCUAGUCCUGUGCAGUGUAGGACUUUGGAAAGCCGUGUGAAUGUCUCAUUUAUUUUUGUUUUGCAAACUAAGAUUUGUCAUGCAAUAAAAAAAUACUGAACCUUA